AUGUCUGCCCAAAGGGUCUCAAAGGGUGAUUCUACUUCUAGAGAUUUAAUCAGCACUCUGCCAGAUGAAGUUCUCGGCAAAAUCCUGUCACUGGUUCCGACAAAGCUUGCUACUUCCACAUCAGUUCUGUCCAAAAGGUGGAGGAAUCUUCUCUCCCUCGUCGAAAACCUCGAAUUCAGCGACGCAAUCGGCGACCCUCGCGGCUUCUCCGAUUUCGUCGACAAAACACUCGCUCUCUUAACAACCUCCUCAAUCAUCAAAAGAUUCUCUCUCAACUGCGAGCACAAGCAAGACAAAACCCGUGUCGACACUUGGAUCCGCACUGUCCUGAAGCGUGGCUUCUCGGAGCUUCAUUUGCAGAGCAAGUGUAUGCAUUUCAUAGAAACCGACUUCUUCACAAGCAACACGCUCGUCAAGCUCACAAUGACGUUAUCAGAUACGUUUCGCACCGAUGGUAUCACUCACGGUGUUGUGUUUUUCCCGAAGCUCAAAACGCUAUCUCUCGUUUUAGUUGGGCUUGCAGGUAGCGCGGUUUAUGAGUAUCUCAUCUCUGGCUCCCCUGUUCUUGAGGAACUAUUCGUACGCUAUGUUGCUGAUCUUUACUCGGCUAUGAAUCAAAGGGUGUUGUUUAACACUUCCACCAUUGUGUCGAGUCUUACGGUGAAGCGACUGGCCAUAACGUACAGCUUUCCUGCUAAGCUGGAUCUUCGGUUUUCCGGGGAGCGAGUUUUAGAUGCGGAUGAGAAUUGUAUUGGUGAUACUUGUGAUGAUGAUGAUGAAGAAGAUGAUGAGGACGAGGAUGAUGAUGAUGAGGAUGAGGAUGAUGAUGCUGAUAGUGGUGAGGAUGAUGAUGAUGAUAGUGAUAGUGAUGAAUCAGAGGAUGAUGAAGAGGAGGUCUCGUGUGAUGUUACUGAUCUGGUCGCUGGGAUAAGCAACGUUAAGACUCUUCACUUGUCUUCUGAUUCUCUUGAGGUGUUUCACUAUGACUGUAAAUCGAUGCCGGUCUUCCAUAACCUCCUUACUUUAUCUAUCGAGAGCGACAAAGAAAAAGGCUGGCAAGUGUUGCCACUUCUCCUCAACAACUCUCCAAGCCUAGAAACUUUAGUCAUCAAGGGUCUUGUGCACAAAGUUACAGAUAAAUGCGGGGACGUCUGCGUUUGCGUCACUAAGAAGAAGAAGAAGACGAUGGAAGUAUGUUGUUUAUCGACAUGUCAAGUGAAGGUGCUAAACAUUUUAGCGUAUGGAGGAAGUCUUAGAGAGCUGAAACAAAUGAGGCAUUUCUUGGGAAAUCUGAAAUGUCUUGAAACUGUCGAGGUCAAGGCUGGUGUUGAAGUGGAUCGUCGACAAGGCAGCAACUACACGAGAAUCACCAACGCUCUGACUAAGCUUCCUAGGGUUUCAUCAAAAUGUCAGCUCCAUUUCGUCUGA